AGACUAAGUUUAUGUUGCUCAGUCGGCUUACAAACGCAUUCGGGUUCAGUUCUAGCUGAAAAUGGAGUCUACACGUUUUGACAUAUUUGUUAGACAAUAAGAAAUUGGACACAUAACCAACUAAUUGUUUGCACAAGUGAACUUCUGACGGUUUGAGCUAUUCGAGUUCCCAGUUGAAAGGGAAAUUUUCAGUGAUCUAAAAUAUUUGGUGAAGUAAAGUGCAAAAAUGACAAGUGCAAGUCUUCUAUCGCGUUCUCUUCUUACAGAAGCACCUCGCUCCAAGAAUCGCUCGGUGUUGGCCCUGAUUGUGGGCAUGGUGGUGGGCUACUGCAUGUCCCAAAUCUUCUCCAGCAUUGUGCCGCACGAGAGCCUGUAUCCGUAUCUCAGUCGACGCCUGAGCCUGCCCAGCAAUUUGCAACCGGGGGAUAGUGGUAUCCAGAGCACCUUGACACCGGAACACAAUCCCUUUCAGCACAGUCAUGCCGAUGACAACACCACAGUAGCCGAGCAGCUGAAGAAGGAGGUACGCAUCCUCUGCUGGGUGAUGACCAAUCCCACCAAUCACAAAAUGAAAGCCCGUCACGUGAAAAGGACGUGGGGCAAACGCUGCAAUAUCCUGCUGUUCAUGAGUUCUGGCGAGGAUGAGGAGCUGCCCACAGUGCGGUUAAAUGUGGGCGAAGGCCGUGAGAAUCUGUGGGCCAAGGUCAAGGAGGCGUUUAAGUACGUCUACAAGCAUCACUACAACGAUGCCGACUUCUUUUACAAGGCCGAUGACGAUACUUAUGCGGUCAUAGAGAAUAUGCGGUAUAUGCUCUAUCCGUACAGUCCCGAGACACCCGUACACUUUGGCUUUAAGUUCAAGCCAUUCGUGAAACAGGGAUACAUGUCCGGCGGAGCGGGCUACAUACUCAGCAAAGAGGCACUGCGUCGAUUUGUCGUCGAGGGCAUUCCGAAUCCGAAGAUGUGUCUGCCGGGCACGGUGGUCAACGAGGACAUUGAAAUCGGACGCUGCAUGGAGCACCUGAAUGUUACGGCCGGCGAUUCCAGAGAUGAGAUCGGACGAGGUCGCAUGUUUCCAUUUGUCCCUGAACAUCACUUGAUUCCGGCCAAAUGGGACAAGAACUUUUGGUACUGGAACUAUCUUUACUACAAAACAGAUGACGGUCUGGACUGCUGCUCGGAUUUGGCCAUCUCCUUCCAUUAUGUGGCCCCAAAUCUGAUGUAUGUGCUGGAUUAUCUCAUCUAUCAUUUGAAGCCGUAUGGAUUGAUGCGAUCUCUGGAAGCUUUGCCUGCCAAACUAAAAGUGGAUGAGUUGCUACUCGCUCCCGUAGAACGUCCUUUGGCCAGCAAUGAGGACUCCGCGGAUGAUAUGGACAGGAUAUGGACGACCACAACCGAGAAGCCAAAGGAACCCGAUGCCAGGGAAAUGGACUCCAAGGAGGUGGAAAAAGAAGAGGCUAAAUAUGGGGAAAAACUUUCAAAGGAAGCUGAGGAAAAGGACGAAACUAGACAAACUGAUGAUGACUAUGAAAAUACGGAUGAGAAAAAGGAUAAGGGUUCCAGGUCCAAGGAAACUUCGAAAAAGCAUUAGAAUUGUUUUGAGUUUAGUGUUUAUACUGUUGAUAAAAUCAAAUCUUAAAGUCUAGUAAG